AGUGCUGCCGAGAUCAUGUCUGUGCUUUUCUUCCACACAAUGAGAUAUAAACAGUCAGACCCAGAGAACCCAGACAACGACCGAUUCAUCCUCUCAAAGAGACUGUCCUUUGUUGAUGUGGCAACAGGAUGGCUUGGGCAAGGACUGGGGGCUGCGUGUGGGAUGGCAUAUACUGGCAAGUACUUUGACCAGGCCAGCUACCGUGUGUUCUGCCUCCUGGGAGAUGGUGAGUCGUCUGAAGGCUCUGUCUGGGAGGCAUUGGCCUUCGCUUCCUACUACAGUCUGGAUAAUCUUGUGGUGAUCUUUGAUGUGAACCGCCUGGGACAUGGUGGCACCUUGCCCCUUGAGCACUGCAUAGAAGUCUAUCAGAAGCGCUGUGAAGCCUUUGGGUGGAACACUUACAUGGUGGAUGGUCGUGAUGUGGAGGCACUGUGCCAGGUGUUCUGGCAAGCAGCUCAAGUGAAAAGCAAGCCCACUGCCGUGGUUGCCAAGACCUUCAAGGGGAGGGGCAUGCCAAAUGUUGAAGAUGCAGAAAGUUGGUAUGGAAAACCAAUGCCAAAAGAAAGAGCAGAUGCAAUUAUCAAAUUAAUUGAGAGCCAGAUACAGACCAACAGGAGUCUUGUACCACAAACCCCUAUUGAGGAUUCACCUCAAGUCAAUAUCAUGGAUAUAAAAAUGACCUGUUCACCUGCUUAUGAAGUUGGCGAUGUGGUGUCUACUCGAAAAGCAUGUGGUUUGGCUCUAGCUAAGCUGGGCCAUGCAAACAACAGAGUCAUUGUGCUGGAUUGUAACACCAAGAACUCCACCUUCUCUGAGAUAUUCAAGAAAGAGCACCCUGAACGAUUCAUUGAGUGUUUUAUUGCUGAGCAAAACAUGGUGAGCGUGGCACUGGGCUGUGCCACCCGUGGCCGGACCAUUGCUUUUGCUAGCACUUUUGCUGCCUUUUUGACCCGAGCAUUUGAUCAGAUCCGCAUGGGAGCCAUCGCUCAAAUCAGCAUCAACCUUAUUGGUUCUCACUGUGGGGUAUCCGUUGGUGAAGAUGGCCCCUCCCAGAUGGCCCUGGAAGAUCUGGCCAUGUUCCGAGCAGUUCCCAACUGCACUAUUUUUUAUCCAAGUGAUGCUGUCUCCACGGAACAUGCUAUUUAUUUAGCAGCCAAUACCAAGGGAAUGUGUUUCAUUCGAACCAGCCGGCCAGAAACUGCGGUUCUUUAUACUCCUCAAGAAACCUUUAAGAUUGGACAGGCUAAGGUUGUCUGCCAAAGUGUCAAUGACAAAGUCACGGUUAUUGGAGCUGGAAUUACUCUGCAUGAAGCCUUAGUGGCUGCUGAUGAUCUCUCUAAACAAGAUAUUUUUAUCCGUGUCAUUGAUCUGUUUACCAUUAAACCCCUGGAUGUUGCCACCAUCAUUUCCAAUGCAAGAGCCACAGGCGGCCGGAUUAUCACAGUGGAGGAUCACUACCUAGAAGGUGGCAUUGGGGAAGCUGUCUCUGCAGCUGUCUCCAUGGAGCCUGACAUCCUGGUUCAUCAGCUGGCAGUGAUGGCAGUGCCUCGGAGGGGGAGACCCAGCGAGCUGCUGGAUACAUUUGGAAUCAGUGCCAGACACAUCAUCGUGGCUGUGAAAUGCAUGUUGAUGAACUAA